CAGAGAGGAGAGCGCGAGCCGUGAGGGCAGCAAGGCGGCGAGCGUGCAGCCGGAGGUCGGGCCGGGCGACUGCACCCGGUGCUGGCUGCGCGACGCCGCGCUGCUCUGGGCUCGGACGGCCUCUCUCAUGCGCUGAGGGCUCCCGGCUGGGCCGGGCGGGCGGCCGGACAGGAGGAUCCUCUCCAUGGUCCAGAAGAGCGGCAUGUCCCGGGGCCCUUACCCACCUUCCCAAGAGAUUCCCAUGGAGGUCUUCGACCCCAGCCCACAGGGCAAAUACAGCAAGAGGAAAGGACGGUUCAAAAGAUCAGAUGGGAGUACGUCUUCAGAUACGACAUCCAACAGCUUCGUCCGCCAGGGCUCAGCCGAGUCCUACACGAGCCGUCCGUCAGACUCUGAUGUAUCUCUGGAGGAGGACCGAGAAGCCUUAAGGAAGGAGGCAGAGCGCCAGGCCUUAGCCCAGCUCGAGAAAGCCAAGACCAAACCAGUGGCUUUUGCUGUUCGGACAAAUGUUGGCUACAAUCCGUCUCCAGGGGAUGAGGUGCCCGUGCAGGGAGUGGCCAUUACCUUUGAGCCCAAGGACUUUCUGCACAUCAAGGAGAAAUACAAUAACGACUGGUGGAUUGGCCGGCUGGUGAAGGAAGGCUGCGAGGUUGGCUUCAUCCCCAGCCCUGUCAAACUGGACAGCCUCCGCCUGCUGCAGGAACAGACCCUGCGCCAGAACCGCCUCAGCUCCAGCAAGUCAGGUGACAAUUCCAGUUCCAGUCUGGGAGACGUGGUGACUGGCACCCGCCGCCCCACACCCCCUGCCAGUGCCAAACAGAAGCAGAAGUCGACAGAGCAUGUGCCCCCCUAUGACGUGGUACCAUCCAUGAGGCCCAUCAUCCUGGUGGGACCAUCACUCAAGGGCUAUGAGGUAACAGACAUGAUGCAGAAAGCACUGUUUGACUUCCUGAAGCAUCGGUUUGAUGGCAGGAUCUCUAUCACUCGGGUCACGGCUGACAUCUCCCUGGCCAAGCGCUCAGUCCUCAACAACCCCAGCAAACACAUCAUCAUAGAGCGCUCCAACACACGCUCCAGCCUGGCUGAGGUCCAGAGUGAGAUUGAGCGGAUCUUUGAACUGGCCCGGACCUUGCAGCUGGUUGCCCUGGACGCUGACACCAUCAAUCACCCAGCCCAGCUCUCUAAGACUUCACUGGCCCCCAUCAUUGUUUACAUCAAGAUCACAUCUCCCAAGGUACUGCAGAGGCUCAUCAAAUCCCGAGGGAAGUCUCAAUCCAAACACCUCAAUGUCCAAAUAGCAGCCUCGGAGAAGCUGGCGCAGUGUCCCCCUGAAAUGUUUGACAUCAUCCUGGACGAGAACCAGUUGGAAGACGCCUGCGAGCACCUGGCUGAGUACUUGGAAGCCUACUGGAAGGCCACGCACCCGCCCAGUAGUACGCCACCCAAUCCGCUGCUGAACCGCACCAUGGCUUCCGCAGCUCUGGCUGCCAGCCCUGCCCCCGUCUCCAACCUCCAGGGACCCUACCUUGCUUCUGGGGACCAGCCGCUGGACCGGGCCGCUGGGGAGCAUGCCAGUGUGUACGAGUACCCCGGGGAGCUGGGCCAGCCCCCUGGCCUUUACCCCAGCAACCACCCACCUGGCCGGGCAGGCACCCAGCGGGCACUAUCCCGCCAAGACACGUUUGAUGCUGACACCCGAAACUCUGCCUACACGGAGCCGGGAGACUCGUGUGUGGACAUGGAGACAGACCCCUCAGAGGGCCCGGGGCCUGGAGACCCCGCAGGGGGAGGCACACCACCAGCCCGGCAGGGCUCCUGGGAAGACGAGGAGGAGAUGACCGACAACCGGAACCGGGGCCGGAAUAAGGCCCGCUACUGUGCGGAGGGUGGUGGGCCGGUUCUGGGGCGCAACAAGAAUGAGCUGGAGGGCUGGGGACAAGGCGUCUACAUCCGCUGAGAGGCCCGGGCAGUUCUGGGAGAGGAAAGGCUCUGAGCCCGGGGAGGGGAGGGCAGAGGGGCACACCGCCCAAGUCGUGUCUUGCCUCUAGGGGGCGCUGUGUCCCUCCUUUUUCAGAUGCCUUUGCUCAAAGCUUGGGGUUUCUUGGUGUUUCUCCUCCCAACUCCUGGGAGGUCCUUCAUCCCCAGCUGUUGGCUUUUUCCUAACUGCUGCGGGUGGAUGGGGGAAAUACCUGUUUUCCGAAGUGCCCCCUUUCCCCAUCUUUGGGGGCUCUCUCCCUCCCAGAGAAAAGGUGCACUUCCUUAAACCCUUUCUACUCGGGCCUUUAAGUGAAGGUCCUAAUUGGGGUGGGGGUGGGGGCUUCUUUUACCAACACAGGGGUAUUUGGGAAAGGUUGGGUGCUUUUCCUGAAGAGGGCCCGCUGAAUCUUCCGCAAACCUUAGACACAGGGUCCUCCGCCACGUCCAUCCCAUCCCAUCGCCUAGUUUCCUUGCAGCAUUCUCUGGUGGGUGAGAGCCACAGCUUGGCAAACCCGGCGGGGCUUGCACUGGGCAUUGGUGUGCGCCCUCCGGCCUCCGUGGUCAAGAAAUCAGGGCCUCGAGCCUUGAGGAGGGAGCAACUAGCGAUGCUGCCCCCCCCCGUGCCCCAACCCCUGUCUCCCCCAGGAAUGAGCUUUGUCUACACUGUACCCUGCCCUGCUACCAUCAGAAGCGAGGGGCCCUCUGCAUCUGAGCCCCACAUUUCCGUGCCACCUGGGUGUGGAGACCAUGAAUACUUUGGUCCACCUCAUUCUAAACCAAAACAAAACAAAACAAAACAAAAAAAAAAAACAAACAAACCCCGCUCCUUCACCCUCACCCCGAGGCCCCAGGGGAGAGGCUCUAUGGGUUGGUGGCCAAGAGGGGACCAUCAUCCCAGGGCUUCCUGAGGACCUUGGGCCUCCCCUAGGGGUCUUGGUUGCUGCUGCUUCUCUGUAUUUGCCUCUUGUGAUCCUGUCCUUUCUCAGUGUCCACUGUCCCCCAAGAGAGGCCUUGGUAGCCUCUCUCCCCUGGGGGUUCCCUUGGCCUCGCCAUCCCUAUAGUCCAGCAGCCCUGCCCUUCCCCAGCAUCACAGCUGGUCCAGAGAGAGCCGAUUGUGCCAACGAGGGCUGGGCCCUGCCCAGCUGCCCGCCUCAGGGAUGGGCACCUCACGCCUGUCUCGCCACCUCCUGUGCCAAUGUUGUCCCGCCCUCGCCUGGGGGCGGGGUGCAGCUUCCACUUACAGGUUAGAAGAAACCACUGCCCAACCAUCCGCUCCCUGUCUAGUUUCCUGUGCCCGUCUGUCUGUCUGUCUGUCUGUACUCCUCUAGGAGAGAUAUUUUGCCACAUAUAAAACCGCAGUUCUGUCCUUUGCGGCC